UUCGCAUUGUUUAAAAUUGAACCAGCUUUUAACAUCAGCUUUGAUGAGCUAGAGAGAAAAUAUAUUGAGCUAAGCAAAACUCAUAUAAAUGAAUGACAGUUCCAAACAUGAGAA